AUGAGCGCCAACUUCCAGAAGCUCCAAGCGCUCCACCGUGCCUACCAAGACAAAGUGAAAUCUAGGAUGGCGUUGGUGGACAAGGCGGAGGCAGAUUUUGAGGCAUGCAUCGCUGAGACGCAUAUCUGGUUUGGCGAGGCCCGGGACGAACUGAGGGCUGCCCAGGGUGAGCUAGAUGAGCGCAAGCAAGAGCUCAUCCUGAAGCAGGCCGAUAUUGAGAAGGCCCAGGAGGUGGCGAAGGAUCAGGCCGCCAAGGAUGAGGCUGCUCGGCAGCAGCAGCAAGCUCUGCUGAACAGCCAGGAGGAGGACCUCGUUGCCCGUGAGCAGCCGCUUGCCGCCACGCUCUGUGGCAAGGACGAGGAGAUCGGGAAGAUCGUUGCGCAGCGGACCCAGGAGCUGGAGCAGAGGCAUAAGGACACACUUGAUGCUCUGUCCCUGGACCACGCCGGCAAGGUGGAGAAGCUGGAGCUGGAGCGGGAGGAGCUAAAGAAGAAGAUCUUGGAGUUGACAGAGGAAAGGGACACAGCCAACCGCGCUCCAGCGGAUUCGCAGGUCACCAUCUUCGAUAAGGCCAAGCUGCUCUCCGAGGCCAAUGACUCCAUCAACGACCUGAAGGUGAAACUGGACAGCUUGGAGGGGAAGCUUUCGGAGGCCGGGGCUCGUGAGGAGACCCUGAACAAGGCCCUGGAGGACAAUAAGCGGCUGCGGAAUGAUGACGCCGCCGAACACAAGGAUUACGCGAAGAGCGUAAACCUCUGGAUCAGCCGCCUCGUCGACAUCGCCGGGAGGUUCACCGCGAAGCUUGCCGUCAUGGGCAUGCCGGAUGUCAGAUACUCCCAGGGGCCGAACGUGAUCCCCAAUGCCAGGCUGACCUUGUUCUACGAGGGCGUCCUCAACGCCCUGGAGCAGCUCCGCUCCAAGCGAGCGACCCAUCUGGCCAACGGGCCCCGGGGGCAAUGCCGGGGCACUCUGACCAAGGUGCUUACCAAAGUGGCAUUAUGGAACCCCAGCGACAACUUCGCCGACGCGCUGGAGAGCUUGCCGGAGGGUACGGACCUCACGGCGCUCGAAGAGCAUAUCGAGCCCAUCAUCGGCUGCAUUGAUGGGGUCAAGAGGGUGGAGGGCCAGCGCCAGGACUAG